AUGCAAUCCCUCAACCCAGGGCAUGGGCCUGCAACCACGGCGUGGGCGCAUUCGGCCUUUAACAAGAAGGAUCGUAUUCUGCUGGAUGCCAUCUCCAAGGAGGUGAUGCAAAGGUUAUACGAGAUAGAGCCCCAAUCCUUGGGCAUCCUGGCGGAUGCCCAGCUGGGGUGUCAGCCGCAACUGGAACAGGCACUGCGCCCAUUUGCACAAAGGUUCGCUGACCUCAUGCCGCGAGGGCUGGACGACUCCACCAUGACCACGUUCAUGCAACUUGUGCGGGAAAUCCGCGUGGACAACUUUGGUGCAUGGGGUACUCGGCACGUCUUCCAACAGAUGGGGUUGGCGUCGCCCACACAAGACUUCUUGGACCGGGCACAAGGGGAGAUUCUGCAGGCUGGCGCUGCGGUUGGGGCGGACGAAGGCGCGGUCGCGGCAGUCGCGGAGACAACCGGCCUGGUUCAUGCUGGGGAUGCAAAGGUUCACAUGGUGUUCCAUGCUGCCGAGCUGAUGCGGUUCUCGGUGGCAGGCUUAAUGGAGGACUCCGAGUUGCUCAAGGCAUUGCGCGGGGCAAAGCCUGGAUGGACCCAGCAGGAUCUGGUAGCUGUUCAGCGGAAGCUGACCAAGGUUGGCAUCCGGAGUCCAGAGGAGCUUUCAAGCUCUUUGAGCAGCCUGAACGAGCUGCUGCAAGGCGCAGGGUUCCUGAAGUUCAGCGCCGACACCCUGCAAGCGUUGCGAGAACGGCUGCCACAAAUUGACAGUGGCACGCAACCCAGCCUGUUCGACUUGCAACAAGGUUGGCACCAUCCUCGAAAUGGCUAUCCGGCCGGCGGCUUCGGACGUACGAAGGGUGCCAUGGGUGGCAAGGUGGGCUUCGGUGGGCCAAAUCCCAACAGCGUCUUCAAACACGCGCAGCAGAAAGAGGCCCCUCUUUGCGAGGACAACCUGUGGAAG